CAGUAUGCUUUUGAUUGGUCACCCUAUGGCCAAUCGGAAAGCUCGUUACAGCCGCAGCAGAGAGUCUGUAUGUAAGGAGGAAUGGCGACGGUUGCUGAAGCUCAGAAGUGAGAUCCUCCGUGGAAUCUGACCACUGAGCGCCUGAAAGCGCCGCUGUAGAGUGUAUGUGCUAACAAUGGAUGGACCUCUAGUAAAUUCUGGAAUACCACUGGCGACACAAACGAUGGUUUCUCCUGUCACUCAAACCUCUGGUAACUUAAGUGGGAAUCCUCGGGACAAGCGGAAGACUCCUGCGUUCUUGUCCAACUUGGGCAAGGCUACCUUAAGAGGUAUCCGCAAAUGCCCUCAGUGCGGUGUUUACAACGGCACCCGCGGUCUCAGCUGCAAGAACAAGGCCUGUGGAACAAUCUUCAGGGAUGGGGACAAUGUGACGGGACGUUUGAAGAAAGGGGUGUCGGAAGUGGUUCGAGUUGUGACGGACAGUGGAGGUGGCAGAGUUGGAGGGCCACAGGUGUUCUCUGUGCGUCAGCGGGGACGUGGCUCCGAACAGCGUGGCUUUGUUGAGUUAGUUCUCACGGAUACAGCCAUUACUACCGCAGAUGGAACCUUGCUGACCCGUGUCAACCUCGGUCGCUGUUACAUGCCCUCUUGCCAGCAGAACGAAAGCGAGUUGACAGUUGAAGGUUCCCAUCAGCAAGUGUCGCAACCAUCCAAAAGUCCCUGUACACAUGUGAAGCAAGCAAUGGAGUGUCAAACCCAAGCAACACCUCUGCCACUCAAGAGCUCUGUGCUGGAGGCCCUGGUGACCACUUCUCAGGCCAAGGAAGAGUUAUGGAGGCUGGCUACAGAGACGCCGGGACCCUUAGUGCAGAGGGUCUCCAAAGGUACCCUAAUAGUAAAAUGCCAGCCAGGUGAAGCCCACCCUCUGGGACUGCUGCAUUUGACGGUAGGCUUAUCUAGUGUUAAAGAGAAGAAUGAGGGUGCUGCUCCCUUUCGCUGUGCAUGCUACACACCCAAUGCCAAGGGGGAUUUGGGGGUGAGAAGUGGGGGUCACCCUAAUGUCAAAGAACGAGAAAAUUCCCAUGAGCACAGUUUACCUGAACGUUGCCUGCACUUCUAUGCCUGCGUUUGUGCCUUCACGAGUGAUGAGAAGCUUGCCACUGAGUUUUCAGCUUUCCUCAACUACAACAUGAAUGGACUGCAGGAGAGGGCAGAUCCCACAGCACUCGGUAUAUCUCAGCAGCACAUUGAGCCCUCCAUCUCUCAUCGUUCCAAGAGACUCAAAUUUGUCGAGUCGUCUACGGCUUCAUCUGUGUCCUCUGCAUCUGUUCUGGCUGUCAAAGACACUUCUGCUCCCACCCUAAACCAGCGCAAGCCCACUCACAGAAAACACUCCAGUUCUACUGGAAUUAAGAACCCAGGAAGCAGCCAGCCGGUAGAUGAGACGCAUGUGUCACUGGGUUUCCAGCAGUGGUUGGCCAGUGUUACCGAGAGGAUCCAUCAGACGAUGCACUUCCAGUUUGAUGGCAAGCCAGAGCCAUUGGUGUUCCACAUCCCUCAGGCUUUCUUCAAUGCCCUACAGCAGCGUUUAUCAUUGGGCUCAAAAAAGAGAAGACUGCCCAACUAUACCACCACAUUUGUGCGUAAUGACGCUUUGCCUCUGGGCUCUUUCUCUAAAUACACCUGGCACAUUACCAACCUGAUGCACGUGAAACGAAUCUUUGAUACACCAGAGUUACCACUGGAACUCACUCAGAGUUUUGUGAAGAACAGUGAUGGCUCCUAUUCACUGUACCGCUGCCGGGAGACACCUCCUGAUCCUGGACCAGACACCUACCACCAUUCACGCACCAAUAAGCCUCUGGCCAUUAGACCACUGGAGCUACGCACCUUCCUCAGAGUGGGAACAUGUGCUGCUGAGCAGACUGAGCCAGUGCCCUUUGUGAUCGAAUGGAUUCCAGACAUCCUUCCGCACUCACAGGUGGGAGAACUGAGGAUUCGGUUUGAGUACGGCCAUCAGCUAGGUAGUAAACCGGAGCACUGCAAGAGCUCUGCUGGGACAGAGAGGACUGAACAAACAGUAGCAGAUACCAUCCCACAACAGUGAAGAACCACUGUAGAAGACUCAAGACCCUGGGUCGUGAAAUUCUCAACUUAUAAGGUGCUACUCAGAAAAAUGUUAAUUGUCAGAAACUGUUCAAAGGUUGCAUUACAGCACCGGGCAUACAGAUGUAAAAUAUUUAAAUAAGUGUACAACAAAAUAACACAGUGUUAACAUGAUUUGUGCAUUACAAUAAUAACCCAUGUACAAGAUUUCCACGUUUCCUAAUAAUGGAAUUUCAGCACAACCUUUUUACGAUCACACUCUUCAUACUGCAGAAACCGGGUUGUUUAGUUGGACUGGACUGUACAAAUGACAAGUGAUAAGGUCCUGUUUUCAGUAAUCAUGUACAUUUGAUCGCUUUUAGGGUUUAUAUAAAAGCAAAGAAACAGAGAAUUAUUGAGACAAUGCAUUCACUAAUGAACAAAAUCAUUGUAAAUGGAUUAAAAGCCUUACACUGUUGCAUGUUUUCCUGGUAAUGCAUAAUUUUGUAAGACACUUGAUAGCGUUUAUGCAUUUUAAGUUUGGCUUAAUUGUCCAGAUACUUAUUUACAACAAACACUGUACAUUGACUACAUCAGAAUGGUAAACCAGCAAAACAAAUUCCGUUUUAUCUGUUCCAUUAAUAUUCCUAGGUCUUUAAUUCUUUUAUUUUUCCAUUUUUGGCAAAUGGGUAUGGUAGUCAUUCAUUACUACAUCUGAUAUUAUUACCGUCUGUGAAUUCCAACAUCUGCACUAUCUGAGCAUUUAUGCCUGUUUACUCCCUAAAAUAAUACGUUUGAUGGGUUUUACAAUUGUUAUUUACAUUGGCCAGAUGUUUUUAUUUUUACUCAAACAACUGACAUAACCUGAUGAUUGUCAUUUCCAGGCUGGUUUGGCAUAGUGGCUGAAACUCAGGACUGGUAACAGAAAGAUUGCUGGCUGCAUGCAGUUUCUGUAUGCAUUUGCAAAUGACUUCAAAUCCAACUGUUGACAUUUGCAAAAAUGUGCAGUAUACAACAGAGAAUACUGAAUUGUGUACUGAAUCUUACAACGCAGUGCACGACUCACUAUACCUUUUAUUUCAGUAUGAUGAAUAAAUCAUUUUUUGAUUUGAUA